AAAAUACCAAAUAUACUACAAACUCACAAAGCAAAUACAUAAGUACAUUAUAUCUGACAAGCAAAGAGAUGGCAUCAACAUGUGAACAAGUCGAGGAAGGUAAAACAUCAUGGCCGGAGUUGGUCGGGGAGGAUGGAGACUAUGCUGUAACCAUAAUAGAAAAAGAAAACAAACUGGUUAAUGCAGAAACUAUUCUAGAAGGAACAAUAAUAAUUCAGAUAUACAUAUGUGAUAGGGUUUAUGUUUGGGUAAAUAAAAAGGGGAUUGUCAUAAGUACCCCUACUAUUGGCUAGUCAAAAACAUGCUUAUGAAGUUGGUAUAUGUUCAUAUUUACUAGUGAAAUUUGUAU